GAGGAGAGAGGGGGUCUCGCUCCCAAACAUGGUGACGAGUUAACUUGACGAAUGUGUAGGGUUAGAUGCGCAUCGUCAGUUCCGCUCGCAUUUUCAUGAAGCUGCAUGUUCCGAUGGGGUUCUUCGCCGAAGCUCACAGAAUACGAUAAUAAUCCUCCUCGCGGAGGGAUGCCAGCUCCGGAGCAGACCCCACUGAUGGAGGAGGGGCUGCUGCAGGGUGUCCAGGAUGGAGCUCCAGGCCGCAGCGCGGAGCCUGACAGCAGUGCCACCAACAUCCUGGCCUCCGUCAGAGAGCAGGAGCUUCAGUUUGAGAGGCUGACCAGAGAGCUGGAGGUGGAGCGGCAGAUUGUGGCCAAUCAGCUAGAGCGAUGCAGGCUGGGGGCGGAGUCCCCUGGCACAGCCAGUGGCAGCUCGUCUGAGAAGUCCUACACCUGGAGAUGUGCAGAUGCCUCCUCCACAAGCGAGGCCAAAUCCCGAGUGACGGACAGCUGUCAGUCUCCGACGUACCGCCUCAGAAACGAGCCGGAGCACGGGACGUUGUUCGCCUCAGAGCAGGCCUCGCCCCAUGAAAGGUCAACUGGAAACUCGCGCAGCUCCACCCAGAUGAACUCUUUUUCGGACAGCGGGUACCAGGAUGCGGGCAGUUACCAUGGCAGUCAGAGCCUGGUGAAGGCGGAGCUGAGGCUGCAGCACUCCUACCCUGGGGUGAGCGGCAAUGCCUCGCUCGUCAGGAACUCCAGAGCCGAGGGACAGAUCCCAGGCCAGACCCAGGUGGGCGGCGGGACGGGGUCAGGCCGGGCGAUGCGGAGGGUGAGCUCGGUGCCGUCCCGCACGCAGUCUCCCGGCUACAGCAGCAGCGUGUCACCCUCCCGCGGGUCCCUGCGCACCUCGCUGGGCAGCGCGUACGGCUCACCCAUCGUCACCGAGCCCAAACCGCUGUCCAGCGUCUUCUCUGCCACCACCCUGCCCUCUUCCCAGCGGCCCGGCUCGCCCUACUCCGCCCCGAAGACCGGCUCUCCCGCCACGCUCCGCCGCAUGGGCUCCCUCAGCUCCCGAACCGCCUCGCUGUACCAGCCGCUGGGCGGGGCCGGGCGCACGGCCUCCCCGCCCCCGCAGCAGGCCCCGCCCCCCUCCUCCCCCGCCCGCGCUGGCAUGACGGCGGUGCCCCAGAGCUAUGGCUCCACCCUCCCCCGGUCACUCCGCCAUGACGCCGACGCCUACAGCCAGCAGGCCUACGAGCUGUACGAGAGGAUGGUCCCGCCCCGCCCCGACAGCCUCACAGAUGCUCUGGCUGAUGACAUACAAGGUAUGCGCAGCUCUUUCGCCAGCCAGCACAGCCAGCUGGGACAGGACCUGAGGCUGACCGUGUCCCCCGACCACCACCUGUACAAGGACAGGACCUUCCAGGGCUCUCUGUACCAGAGCCCCAACCACCGGGCCAUGGACCUCAACCACGGCACCCAGAGCUCCACCUACAGGGCUGCCUCAGGCAUGGGGACUUUGCAGAGGACUUCCACUCAGCGCGGCACGCUGACAUACCAAAGAGACAACUACGCCCUGAACACCACGUACACAGAGCCCUACCACUCCGCCCAGUUCGAGUCCUCGGGGUCCAACUACGCCCGGCAGGCCGUCGCCAUGGACGACGGGGCCACCCGCUCACCCUCCAUAGACAGCAUUCAGAAGGAUCCCAGGGAGUUCGCCUGGCGGGACCCGGAGCUGCCGGAGGUCAUCCACAUGCUGCAGCACCAGUUCCCGUCCGUGCAGGCCAACGCUGCCGCCUACCUGCAGCACCUGUGCUUCGGAGAUAACCGAGUCAAAGCCGAGGUGUGUCGCCUCGGAGGGAUCAAGCACCUGGUGGACCUUCUGGACCACAAGGCCCUGGAGGUGCAGAGGAACGCCUGUGGAGCGCUGAGGAACCUGGUGUACGGGAAGGCCACGGACGACAACAAGGUGGCCGUGAGGAACGCGGGCGGAGUCCCCGCCCUGCUGCGGCUGCUGAGGAAGACUGUGGACGCCGAAGUCAGGGAGCUGGUCACGGGGGUGCUGUGGAACCUGUCCUCCUACGACGCGGUGAAGAUGACGAUCAUCCGGGACGCCUUAAGCACUCUGACCAACACUGUGAUCAUCCCGCACUCCGGCUGGAGCAGCUCCUCCUUCGACGACGAGCACAAGCUCAAGUUCCACUCCUCGCUCGUGCUGCGCAACACCAGCGGCUGCCUGAGGAACCUGAGCUCGGCGGGAGAGGAGGCCAGGAAGCAGAUGCGUUGCUGUGAGGGGCUGGUGGACUCUCUGCUCUACGUCAUCAAGGCCUGCGUCAACACCUCCGACUUCGACAGCAAGAUUGUGGAGAACUGCAUCUGCACCCUGAGAAACCUGUCAUACCGCCUGGAGCUGGAGAUGCCCCAGUCCCGCCUGCUGGGCACCCAAGACCUGGACCACCUGCUGGGCAGCGAGUCGCCCAGCAAGGAGGCCGACUCCAGCUGCUGGGGCAAGAGGAAGAAGAAGAAGAAGAAGACCUCGCAGGAGGAGCAGUGGGACGGUGUAGGGCCCAUUCCGGGGUUCUCCAAAAACCCGAAGGGGGCAGAGAUGCUGUGGCACCCAUCGGUGGUGAAGCCCUACCUGACGCUGCUGGCGGAGAGCUCGAACCCGGCCACCCUGGAGGGAUCUGCAGGCUCCCUGCAGAACCUCUCUGCAGGAAACUGGAAGUUUGCAGCUUAUAUCCGUGCUGCGGUGCGUAAGGAGAAGGGUCUCCCCAUUCUGGUCGAGCUGCUCCGGAUGGACAACGACCGUGUGGUCUGCUCGGUUGCCACAGCGCUGAGGAACAUGGCCCUGGAUGUCAGGAACAAGGAGCUCAUAGGAAAGUACGCCAUGCGGGACCUGGUGAACCGGCUGCCCGGGGGCAACACCACCCUGCUGUCGGACGAGACGGUGGCGGCCAUCUGCUGCACACUGCACGAGGUCACCAGCAAGAACAUGGAGAACGCCAAGGCGCUGGCCGACACGGGCGGCAUCGAGAAGCUGGUCAACAUCACCAAGGGGCGGGGAGAGAGGUACUCGAUGAAGGUGGUUAAAGCAGCUGCACAGGUGCUGAACACGCUCUGGCAGUACAGAGACCUGCGUGCCAUCUAUAAAAAGGAUGGGUGGAACCAGAACCACUUCAUCACGCCUGUUUCCACACUGGAGCGGGACAGAUACAAGUCCCAGCCUACCCUGCCCACCAGCACUUUGCAGAUGUCACCUGUCAUCCAGUCAGCUGGUAGUGCUACAUCUUCCCCUGCCAUGUUGGGCAUAAAGGAGCAGCAUUCGGAUUAUCAAAGAACACAGUCAUCUAUGCAAUUUUAUAACUACCAAGGAGACAACAAUGUACAUAAAAGUCAAUACACGGGGUCUGGGAAGCCAUCCCCCUUUUUCAUUGGGUCCUAUUCUUCUCCAUCGAGAGAGGACUCCAGGAGAGGUCAGCAGCUGUACUACACAGAUGAGACGGGCAGAAGGAACUACGACACCUACAGAAUGUACCUGCAGUCUCCGCACGGCUACGAUGACACAUACUACCAGGAUGCCGUCCACUUCUCCCCGACGGCGGAGUACAGCUCUCCGGCGCACGGACUCAAAUCCAACACCAACUACGUGGACUUCUACUCCACCACGCGGCGGCCUUCCUACCGCGCCGAGCAGUACCCCGGCUCGCCUGACUCCUGGGUGUAGGGCUGCUCGGCCCAAAUGAGAAAAACCGCAGACUCCUCUGUGAACUUUUCCGUUUGUGCGUGUGUUUACGAGUGAACCGGAAUGUGGGUCAGAGAGGCGGGAACGGGAGCCAAAGAAGGGGAUGGAGGAACGCAAGGUUUUGAUAGUUUGUUUUGUUUACGAGAGCGGCCAUUUUGGAGGGGGGGGGGGGGUGCUAGGUGGUGGUAUGAGCGUCCACUCGCUCCAUGUAGAUGGGAGGGGUUUCUUUUGAGGCCGUAGCCAUAGUAACAUGAUGAUGGUGUGAGUACUGUGAGAAAUGGAUUGCGCUAGAGAAUCACCAGGGAGAAUAAGUAUGUUGGCCAAAACUGAAGAGUUUGUGUCUGUGAAAAGAUUCUAAUGAUGUUUGUACAAAGGAGCCAAACCAUAUUCCUUUCUCGUUUUAUGGCUGUACUUAUUAUUGUGUAUGACAUGGAGUCUUGUAUAUUUCCUUCAUUUUAUUGUAAAUACAGAGAAAAUACCACCUGGUCUACAUUCAUCAGCGCUGGUGAAGACUCGUGCCAUGUUAAAACUAUAUAGAUAUAUAAAUGUAUAUAGAAAUAACGAUGAGAAAUAAAUAUAAAAAAGAAACAAACUUGGCAUCAUUACACAAGCAUCCAAAAGUAAUAAAAUGACCCUUUUGUUUUUUAAAGGAAUGGUGUAAUUGCAGACGUUUUUGUGACAUUGCAGAGAUAUCUUUAUUUUUGGAUUUUCUAUCCAGCUCCACUCAUGGGAUGGUUCACUGCCAUUUUCUAUGCACAUCAACAGAAAUAAAUGUGAACAUUUGGUCUGUGAAUAACUAUUAAACUCCUCCUCU